AAUUGAAACGAAACUAUAAUUCCUUACCUAAUUUUAUUUUUAAUUUAUCAUUAAUAAUAUCAAUUGUAACAUACAAAUAAUUGUAGUUAUCUAUAAUUUAUUUCCAUAUUUCUAAUAAAUAGUAAUAUAUGUAUAUAAAAGCUUCGUAUUUAAACUUUAAAAUUUAUGCGUAACUCCGACUAUUACUUCCAGUACCAUAAACGUUUUAUGACGUUGAAGACUGAGGGAGUUAGUUUUCAUUGAUAUAUUAUUUAUUCCUUCUCUUUAAGAUUGUUUUACAAUGCCUCACCAAUGUAAUUGUGGUGUUACACACAAUGAUGCAGAAUUAGGUGUACAAUAUAAUCUAUAUCAAAAAAUUGAUGUAGAAAAUAUAGAAUGUUUAAAUGAAUUUGAAGAAGCUACCGGAGCUACUGUAUUUAAACCAUGGGAAAAUAGACUGGACAGAAAUAAAUAUGUUGAAAGUGAUAUGGAUAAUGAACUUCUAUUUAACAUUCCGUUUACAGGAAAUAUAAAAUUAAAAGGCCUCAUUAUUAUUGGAGGAGAAGAUGAUUUGCAUCCAAAUAAAGUAAAAUUGUAUAAAAAUAGACCACAUAUGACAUUUGAUGAUGUAGCUACAGAACCUGAACAAGAAUUUGAAUUAUGUGUAGACACAAUGGGAGUACAUGAAUAUUCUCUUAAGGUGGUUAAAUUCUCAUCUGUACAUCAUUUAAGUUUGUACUUUACUGGUACUGAAAGAACAGAUAAAAUAAAACUUUAUUAUAUCGGAUUAAAAGGUGAAUGGACACCUUCACAUCAUCAUGGUGUUACAAUUUGUACCUAUGAAUUACGUCCUCAAAUGAGUGAUCACCCAAAAGGACAUAACGAAGAUAUUAAUAGAACAGUUAGUUGAUUUUAUAACAGAAAAUUGAUAGAAGAUGUACUCUGCAUUAGUAAAGAAAAUAAUUUCAAAAUCUAAUAAAUGUUUAUAUUCAAUUCA